AUGGUGGACCGCACUUUGCGCCGCAUUGAAGCGUGUUUGGCUGAGCGACCUCAGGCGGAUAAAAAGUUGAAGGAAACAACGGCGCGGAAGCGAUUGAUUUAUCAUUUUUCGCAAUCCGCGUCUCGCGAACGCCCUCUUUUAGCGCGUUCUAACUCUUCCGAGGUGGGAAUCUACCCCAACCGGUCGGAGGCCAUUAGGGUUUUUAGCGAGCGCGCGAUGUCCCAGCAGAUGGGGCUUCGGAAUUUCAAGCAUGUUUUCAAUCCGGAGCCCGAGAAAGAAAUGCAAAUGAUCGGGCUCAGUCUAUUUAGCGUCCCGGCCUAUCAUUUUGGGUUUAUAGAGGAUCCUCGGCGGGAUUCGAUUUGGUGCCAUUCGUUUGAUCCCUGGCAGUCAUUUUGUGUGGUGCUGGCCAACCCGCUGGAGAUUGGCGAGGGGGGCGAGAAGGAGGUUCCACGCGACGAAUUUGAUGACGAGGGGUCGAUGGAAACACAUAUUAUGGCCGGGGUGGCCUCGGUUAUGGCCGCGGGCCUAUCCAUUAUUUCGUUUCACCCUCAUGAGGUUCAGGCAUGGCAUCAGCAGCGCCAUCGAGCGGGCUGCUUGUACGCGAUGCGCUCAUUGAGGGCAUUACGGGAUUCCUUGCGGGAGCGGCUGAACAUGCGGACUCAUCACACCCUACGAAGUGUCUUUGCCAAAGUCCGGCAGCUGGUUAAACGUGGGGAACUCGUGCAGGCUGCACGGGCCGCCGAUGACCUUCAAUUUCAUCCUUUACAUGCCCCGGAUGUGUUUUUGCCGGUCGAUUACGAGCUCACAUGCCACUUUAUCGUUCUUUUACCCUUUAUUUUUAUGGUAUUCGUCAGUGCAUCCUUUGAAUUAAAGAAGUAUCGCCUUAAACGGAAAUGUAAAAAGGUAGGUUGCGAUGGAUAA